AUGUAUGUUGUAAUUAAUGAUUUAUUGUAAUUUUUAUUUUAGUCGCCUAUCAAGUUCCUCAUAGAUUGCCGUAUGAACAUCAGACAUAUGGCAGAUGUUCUCAAUUUGUCGCACUCCGUGGUCAAGCUGUGCAUGAGGUAAGUUAUCGUAAUUGAAAUAAGCAAUUGUAACACAAGAGGGAGAUCUCUACAUCCUCCCUAGAUUUGUAUCUUUUUGUGUUCUUUUUGUAUUUAGUCAUUUUCAGCUCUUCAGGUCCUACUCACUGUUGUCAGAUGCUCAACUGGAUGAGAGGAUCAAAGAGCUGAUAGGCCAGAAUGAAGAACUUGAUAUAGAGUCUGUGAGGGCACGCUUAAGAGGAGAGGGUGUUCGAGUCCAGCGGGAGAGGGUCAGACAGAGUCUGAUCCAUGUCAACCCCCAGGGAGCUGCGAGGAGAGCCAUGCAGCAGAGGCUACACUGGAGGCAGUACAGAGUUGCAGGCCCAAAUUCUUUGUGGCACAUCGAUGGCAUCGAUAAGCUGAUCCGGUAAGUGCAUAGACUUAGGCCUCCUGACCAAUACACAUUUUUACAAUCUUAACAUCGUAAACAACUAAUGAUUUAUCUGGUUAUAUGGUCAUGAAAUAAUUGUGAUCCUAUUCCCGGGUAUACAGUCCCUUCACACCUCUUGACAUUGUGUCACUGACCUACACACAAUUCCCCAUAAUGUCAAAGUGGAAUUUUUAACAAAUUAAUUACAAAUAAAAAGCUGAAAUGUCUUGAGUCAAUAAGAAUUCAACCCCUAUGUUAUGGCAAUCCAAAAUAAGUUCAGGAGUAAAAUGUUGCUUAACAAGUCACUCGACUCCCGAGUGGCGCAGCAGUCUAAGGCACUGCAUCUCAGUGCUUGAGGCAUCACUACAGACCCCCUGAUUCGAUUCCAGGCUGUAUCACAACAGGCCGUGAUUGGGAGUCUCAUAGGGCGACGCACAAUUGGCCCAGCGUCGUCCGGGUUUGGCCGGUGUAGGCCAUUGUAAAUAAGAAUUUGUUCUUAACUGACUUGCCUAGUUAAAUAAAGGUUAAAUUAAAUAAAAUAAAUAUGUUUUUUAGGUUGAGGAUUGAUAUCCAUGGUGCUGUGUAUGGCUACAGCAGAUUUGUGGUGUUUUUGAAGGCCUCCGACAACGACAGGAGUGCCACAGUCACGGAGUCAUUCGAGGCAGCCAUCACCAGCUACAGAGUGCCAUUUCGGGUGAGAUGUGACCGGGGUGGUGAAAACUUCCGUACAUGUGCCUUCAUGGAGCAGUUCAGAGGUGGUGAGAGGGGAAGUGGCCUCAGGGGAAGGAGCACUCACAACCAGAGGAUAGAGCGGCUGUGGGGGGACGUCUGGCAUGGAGUCUCCAACACUUACCAUGACCUGUUCACCUUCUUGGAGACAGAGCAGAUCAUCGACAUCAACAACGAUGUGCACCUGUGGGCACUGCACUUUGGGUUCCUGCCACGGGUGAACAGAGAUCUUGCUGUGUUUGCUAGUCAGCGAACCACCAUGGGCUGA